AUGACUGAAGUUUCAGAUAACUCCUCAAUGCUAAUUUUGGAAGGUUUCAUAAUUCCAUCUGAGCUUCGGGUAUCGGUGUUUAUUUUAUGCCUUGCUGUAUAUACUGUGAUUCUUGCGGGCAAUUUAACACUUUUAUUUGCAAUCUCAUUCAAUCAACAUUUACAUAAACCGAUGUAUAUGUUUCUUUCCAAUAUGAUAAUCUGUGAUCUAAUUGGAAGCACUGCUUUAAUGCCUAGACUGAUGUAUGGGGUUAUGACAGAAGUUAAAUUAAUUUCGAUUCAUGCUUGUGUCAUUCAGGCUUUUUGCAUUCACUCAUACGGAAGUGCUACUCAGCUUAUGCUAACCGUUAUGGCUAUAGACAGAUACUUUGCGAUUUGUAACCCAUUGCGAUACCACGCGAUUAUGACUAAGUGGACCAUAGUCAAGCUUUGUUUGCUCGCCUGGGGAGUAGCUUUUGUUUUGAUUUUUGUUCUACUUUUUCUUACUUUAAGACUUCCACGAUGCAAAUCUCUUAUCGUUCACGCAUAUUGCUUCAAUGGAUCUUUAUAUUUAUUAUCUUGUGUCGACACAACUGUGAACAGUAUUUACGGUUUAUUCGUCACGUAUUUUUUAACCACUGUAUCAUUUUCUGCAAUUGCAUUUACAUAUACUAAAAUAUUAAUUACAUGCUUAUUCAAAACAGAAAAUAACAGUAAAAAUAAAGCAAUCCACACGUGUUCUACUCAUUUAACUGUUUAUUCUCUCUUUGAAAUAACAGCAAUAUUUUCAACUAUAGCUGUGAGACUUCCGAAUUUCUCACCAAAUGCAAUAAAAGCAAUGGGAACUUUAAUGGUUGUUUUACCUCCUGUUGCUAAUCCAAUCAUUUAUGGUCUUAGCACCAAAGAAAUUCGUAAUAUUUUUAUGAAACACGUUAAAAAUAGGAUAUCUAACCAGUGA